AUAUUAACGUAAAGCGGUAUUAAAAUUUGAAUAAAUGAUUUAGUGUUAAUCGAAGCUUAGAUAAAUAUAAAGCGUAUAAAAAACAGUAAAGAAUGAAUAUUUAAUGUGAAUGUCCUUGAAUAUUAGAUAUGGUUUGAUUAAAGAAAGAGAUUUCUCUGAAGAGAAGUUUAGAAUUACGGGGUAAGGUUGUAGGGUGAUUUUUAGAAUAUUCUCGAAAACAAUUAUUUGAUAAGCUUAAUAGGUUAGUUUAGAAUGACUCACAUUGAUGAUAUUUAUAAAGCUAUAAAUCUUUAAAUCACCGGCAUUAAAUAUCAAUCGUCUAAAGUGCUAACUCAAAAAUAUUUUUUUAAAACAAAACUAAGAGAAUUAAAUUAAUAUAAAAUGCAGGGAAUAAAUUUCUUUAUAUCUUUUGCUGUUUUGCUGCUUCUUAAAUCAAGCUCUGGCGCACUUAAUCAUGAACCUGAAAAGGAAAUAACUCCCUUAGAACUUCCAUCGGGUGAAAGGAAUUUUGAUAUUGUUAAAGAAUACUCAGAAGAAAUUCCUUUGGAAGAUAUGGACAGCAAUAUGCUUCAGGCUCAUCCAAGAAUUGUUCGUCAAGUUGAAGCUCCAAAAAAAGAAUAUACACCGAUAACUUCAGAAAAUUCCAAAGAUGAUCAAGAAGAUAUCUCACUAGAACUGCUAGAUGGCGAUCAUCAAUUAGAUAAAUUUCGCUAUAACUAUGAUGAAAAAAAAAAUUGAUAAAUUGUUCUAAAGUGAUUAAAUAUAAUAUUCAAAAUUAUUGUUGAGUAAAA